AUGCAGCAACCGAAGCAGCCUAACACAGACUGGCGCUACUCUGCAUCUUUAAGAGCUGGAAUGCAGAGUUCUGUGAUUCUGGAGGAGUCCGGUGUUUUACGAGGUGGACCUACUGGACCUACGCAGCAGUGGCCGACCACUUCAAGUGCAACAACAGACCCAGAAGGAGGAGAUGUCUCUCCCCCAGUUGGAGCUGGUGUCAACAGUAACAGUUGGACCUUCAAAUAUGGCCCAGCCAAUCCCCAGCAGCAGCAGCAGCAUCAGCAUCCUCAUCAACAUCCCCAGCAGCCUCUACAGCAACAUCCUCAGCAGGUUGUCCAUCAGCCUCCUCCUCCUCAACCUCCCAUGGCAGCAGCUGCUGUCGCUACAGCUGCUGUUGAAUUCCCAGAAAACUUUAUUAUCCCUGGCUCUCCUGCAAUCAUCUCCAUCCGUCAGGACAAUCCUACUAACUCUGAGGAUAAAAGUGACUUCAUAACCUUCGGAAAGAAAGAAGACACCAAGAAAAAGAAGAAGAAGAGGAAGGAAAAGGGAACAAAGUCACUUGACAAAAAGGAGAAAGGCAACAGCAGUGCAGAGAAUGAUCACUAAGAAAAUGUCUCCCCAACAUUAGUAACUCCCAUAAAUAAAGUUUAACUUUCCUUUGUUUAACUCCCCAACCCUAUGCAUAGCAGUGCUUCCUCCUUCACAGAAGCUUUUUUGUAGUGGACAAAAUCACAUGGGACUUUGUAUUCCCUUAGCAUUUGUCCUUGAUAUUUAUAGGGAAGUAAGUUAACAAUGGAAAAAGUUAGACAUUCAGAAAACGAGGUGAAUCUAUACCUCACCUUUUGUGUUACAGAUGCAGUAAGUUUUAAAAAUCUUAAUAUUUAUCUAUACAGUCCCUAUACAACCGCACAGGUGGGGUAAGAAGAAGAGAAUACCCCCAUAGUGUACAGACUGGAAAUCUGGUACCGUUUAUUUAACAACCGUAUAGGGCAGUUUCUCCAUACAGGUUUGACAAGGGAUGUUGAACAAGGGUUAGUGUUGUUCUAAAGUGUAGAUUGAAAUGUUGUACAGGCAUGAACCGGGCACCAUGAAAUGUUUUGAUUACCGGAGAAUUGAUAUGAUCAAACAAAUGAUACCAUAAUAAAUAAUUAAACAUACAGAGUCAAGUUCUUUGUGGUUCUGGCAAGUAAAGCACACUUUCUGAACCAUGUGUAAAACAGAAGGUCAUCUGAAUCCAGAUAUUAAGUUCGAAGUUCCACAGUUAUAUGAAGCAUCAAACACUAAGCAAAAAAUGGGAACAAGAAAACUUUCCUUAACUGUAUUUUGUAUUUGACAAAAGCCAUAAAUCACUAAAUCAGUAUCAAUUCUAUGUACUCUUAAUAAAAAUUUUUCAGCUGCAUCCAUUAUAUUAAUAGGUAAUUAGCACAUGUAUUUUGCAAAAAAACAUUAAAAUGGAAAAUUGUUAUAGAUUAUUUCUUUCCAAAGUUAGAAAGCCUUUCUGGAACAGAGUAGUUUGUGAAUAGGAAUGUAGGAAAUUCUAGUAGUAGUAGUUUUUUGUUGUUUUAUGGUACAGGUGAGGGUUACAGUUGCUUGAAUGGGGUUCGUUAGUAGGAUUAAUAUGUACAGGUAUAUGUGCAUGUGUACUCAUAUAUCGGAAACACAAGUACACACAAUGUAACCCAUAUCUAAAUGGGAGUAUUAUCACUUCUAUUAAAUUGCUUCUAAAAAUUGUCUGAAGCAGUCAUAAUGCCUUCAGUGGCCACCUGCCAAUCACUGCUUCACAUUGUCAGGUCACUAUGUGGCUGCUUGUUGCAUGUAUUACUGAAUGGAACAGAUUAUUUGGGACUUUCCAUUUACUUGCAUUAAUACAGACAUUUCCACUAACAUUUAGUCACUGUCUCCAGAAGACUGACAGUUUACCUUUAUGUUACACUAAAAAUAUAAAUUUGUUUACCUUCUAACCAUGUUCAGUUUUGUACGGUAUGAUCCUACAUGUAUUUUGUUUGAAUAAUAUAAACCUUACUAACACUGCUGUUGUGUGAAAUCACCUAAUGUAUGCACCUCUGCAAACCUGAAGUCUGUUCAUUCUAUGCUUGUGUAUGUGAAUGCCGAUGCAGUUAUUACCUAAGGGGUAGCUGUCAGUUACUGACCCCCUGCUUUCCUGUCAGCUGUAAGUGCAUAUUAUACAUUACUUUUUUGUAUACUUGACUUUUGGUGUAACAGUGAAGUAGUGCUAUUUUUCAUUUGAUAUUGACUGUGUAAUAUUUAUGAACAAUGCAGUAAAAUAUUCCUUUCUUAAACCCAGAAUCACACCAUAAUUCCCUUUGUUGAUAGUUUGGAUGUGUGCAUCUAGUCUGAAAGUAUUUAAAAUGGAAACUUACUAAAUGUUUUUUGUAAAUAAAACAUUGCAGAAAUGUG